AUGGAGCACGCUAAGAAGCUCUUCCCCAACGGUCUGCCCACGCUCGAAGAGUUGAAGGCGUUCAACGCCGGCAAGGACGUCCCUCCGGAGACGGCGUGGAUUUGGGGCGAGAAUGACGAGCUCGGCCGCAUCAACCUCCUCACUCCGGAGGUCACGCAGGCGGCCAAGGAGAGCGAGCUGAAAGACGGGACGGUUGUGUCUUUAAACUGGACCGUCAAAUACCCCGAAAAGCCAUCCUUCCACCGCCCCGCCUUCCAGCACAAGAUCGCCCAACACCCUCUUAGUCCCUGCAUCUUCGACGACUACUACGACAUGAACACCCAGUCCGGGAGCCAGUGGGAUGGGUUCCGCCAUUUCGGGCAUCUGGGACUGAACAGGCUGUACAACAACCUCAAGCCGGAGGAGGUUCUCUCCAGCACGCGCUGCGGUAUUCAGGCCAUCUCGCAGCACGGCAUUGCCGGCCGCGGCGUCCUGCUGGACCACUACUCGUGGGCGAAGAAGCAGGGUCGACCCUACGACCCCGUCAGCGGGCACGCCAUCCCCGUGUCGGAGCUGCUCGAGGUCGCCAAAGCGCAGAACGUCGAAUUCCGGCCGGGCGAUAUCCUCCUCAUCCGCAGUGGCUAUGUCUCGCGCUACUACGAGCUGCAGAAGGAGAACCCGGCGAAGCUGGAGGAGCUGUCGCACAACGAAUGCUUUGCCGGUGUUGAGCAGAGCGAGGAGAUGAAGAAGUUUUUGCAUGACAAACUAACUGGUAUCACACAGAAACUGUCCGAAGAAUGCGAGAAGCGUCAGCGCUGGACAUUCUUUUUUACAAGCGCGCCGUUUAACACGCCAGGCGGUAUCGCGAGUCUGGCGAAUGCCCUCGCCAUUUUCUAG